AUGAUGGUCGCUCUCAGAGUCAGAGCAUCACUAAUUCUCUGUGUCGGUUGUAUUCGUGCACCAGUGACAGCUUUAUGGGUUGUCGUCAAACAAGUCGUCAAGGAUGGUGAUUCAUUGCUUUUCGGUUCUACUUGUAGAACUCCAUGGACGCUGUCGAAUUUGAAGGGUAGCUCUCUCUUGACUGCAGCAGAAAAUGCAAAAUUUGAUUAUUAA